AUGGGUUUUGAAAAUUUUGAUAUAUUUAGAAUCGGGGGAAGGAGCUGCGGGCAGGAUGGGCACCAUGCUUUGGCUGCCAAUGCAAUCAGCAAUCUCUCUGGCUUGCCUCAUGUUGUUCGCACUGAUCCCCAACUUCCCCUUCUCAGUAAUGGUCAAAAGGAUUUAGCUGCUUAUGGCUAUGGAAGUGUUGCUUGGAAGGAGAGGAUGGAGGCUUGUAAACAAAGAGAAGAACAAUUACAAAUGACGAAGUCUGGUAAUGGUGGCGAAGAUCCGCACUCUGAAGGCCUUGAUUUACCAUUAAUGGACGAGGCUAGACAACCAUUGUCAAGAAAGUUGCCCAUUCCAUCAAGCCAAAUCAACCCUUACCGGAUAAUCAUCAUAAUUCGACUUGUAGUUCUUGGAUUUUUCUUUCACUAUCGAGUCAUGCACCCGGUGAAUGGUGACUAUGCUUUAUGGCUUGUAUCAGUCAUUUGUGAAUUCUGCUUUGCUCUUUCAUGGAUUCUUGAUCAAUUCCCAAAAUGGCUUCCAAUUGACCGGGAAACUUAUCUGGAUAGAUUAUCCUUAAGGUAUGAGAAGGAGGGGGAACCUUCUCAACUUGCUCAUGUUGACAUAUUUGUAAGUACAGUUGAUCCAUUAAAAGAAUCCCCACUGGUGACUGCAAACACUGUUCUUUCCAUUCUUGCAGUGGAUUACCCUGUUGAUAAGGUCUCAUGUUAUGUUUCUGAUGAUGGUGCUGCUAUGCUAACAUUUGAGGUACUGUCAGAAACUUCUGAAUUUGCGAGGAAAUGGGUCCCCUUUUGUAAGAAGUAUAAUAUUGAACCACCGGCACCUGAGUGGUAUUUUUCUCAAACGAUGGACUAUUUCAACGAUAAGUUGUUGCAGUCAUUUCUGAAGGAAAGGAGAAGAGAGUAUGACGAGUUCAAAAUUCGGAUCAAUGCUUUGGUUGCCAAGGCUCAAAAGGCUCCAGUAGAAGGGUGGGUUAUGCAGGAUGGAACUCCUUGGCCUGGGAAUAACAUUCGAGAUCAUCCUGGAAUGAUUCAA